UUAGCAGUUUAUAUUUACUAAAUUAAUUGCAUUCCCAUGUUGUGUGUACUGUGGGGGCUGGAUAUAGUGAAUGCAGGGUCCGGGGAGAGCGGAUAUAGUGAAUGCAGGGUCCGGGGAGAGCGGAUAUAGUGAAUGCAGGGUCCGGGGAGAGCGGAUAUAGUGAAUGCAGGGUCCGGGGAGAGCGGAUAUAGUGAAUGCAGGGUCCGGGGAGACUAGAUAUAGUGAAUGCAGGGUCCGGGGAGACUAGAUAUAGUGAAUGCAGGUCCGGGGAGAGCGGAUAUAGUGAAUGCAGGUCCGGGAGACCGGAUAUAGUGAAUGCGGGGUCCGGGAGAGCGGAUAUAGUGAAUGCGGGUCCGGGGAGAGCGGAUAUAGUGAAUGCAGGGUCCGGGGAGAGCAGAUAUAGUGAA